GUUUUUCCCAACAUCUCAGCGCAAUUUCCCUUUCUCACAGAAAGGGCCUCAUCAUCUUGCCUGGAACAAAGCUCACACUCACACUUCUGGAGCUCCCACACUCUUCUGCUUUUCCCUUUCCAAAAACACUGCUUCUAUUUCCCUUCUUCCACUCACCGGCGCCUUCAGCUGACACACACCGCUUCGCAGAAAUGAUCCACGCUGGCCUCGCAACUCCCUCUGAUAAUUUCCCCAGGACGCACAGCUCAAUCUCAUCACGACCCGUGGCCUUCCACAUAGUCACGUUCACGACAUCGUCUCAAACCUCACCUUAUCCUACACUGCCCUUGCAACCUUCAUUCGUCGCGCAGGCCUCCCUCCGUUUGCCUUUCACCACUUCCGCAGGGCGGCUGCAGCUCCCUGACACACAAAGCUACAACCACCGGCUCGUCCACACAGCCUCAUUUCCCCCAAAAUCUGAAACACUCAAAUCCCACCAACCACUUAUGAUAAAAAUCCCAUUAUGUCCCCAUGAGGCCCACGAUAUCGUCCCCACGCAAAUCUAAAAGCACACCAUUUCCUCUUCUCCACUCCACAUAUGUUUGCCCUUCGUAUACAGACAUCUCAAACUACUGGAAAGUCUUCCAUACUCCAGCUGAAGAAGCUCAGCUUCCACAGCCUUUCUCACAAGUGAUGGACUCUGCUCCCCUCUGCAUCUUCAGAGACAGCCCCUCCAAGAGAUCCACACCUCUCAUGAACUCGAGAGCAAGGUGUAAGAGUCCAUCUAAAAGCCUCUCGUUUGCUCUGCCCAACGACCCUCGCCUGAGGAACUGCAGCUUAAAGGCGCUGGCCAGGGAUGAGAGGAAUGCCAAGUGACUGUUCUCAGGUGGUGCCCAUUCCAACCAGGGCCGGUUUGCUCCCACAGGUGUGAGAACAAUGAACUGGCCACGGUGCGCCGCUCUUACGCAGGCUACUUGCUGUAGAAGUGGUCACAAGGACUGUCGGUGUGCCUGGAGCUUGCCACGGUGCGCUGCUCCUACGCAGGCUACUUGCCUAGCGUCCUGCUUCCACCUGUUUCUUGGAGCAACGAUCUCCACAUACAAUAGUCCAUAAAUCUUCCCACCUUUUGGCCAGUCGCCCAACGCCUUGGAAAAGUCUAUAAAAGACAUCCUCAAACUAGAGACCCUUGAGAUCUCCCCGGACGGCAACGGACAUCUAUUGGCUGGUUCCGCGAGGAUCGUCUGCCCGUCUUGGUAGCUAUAAUCCCAACCCCUCUUUCUCCCUCUCUCUCUAUUUCCUGUCCCUCUAUCGCAUUUGGUUGGCACUAAAUAAAGGUGCAUUUUUGCAAAAGUAAACUGGUUUUGUCCCCUGCUGUGUCUUUUGUGCUUUGAGAUCCCUAAAAGAACCUAUCAGGACUCCGCAUGUGGUGUGGACCCCGACACGAGGAAGGGGACACACUGUUCCAGGACAGGGCUUCGGCAAUCCCAAAACACAACACCAUUCCUAGAAGGGACGACAGCCUCUUUUCGCUCUCUGGCUGCCUCAUCCACGCAAGCAGGGGAAACACAACCAUGCCCUCCCUCUGCGCCUGAACACACGCGACCACAGACACCCAGCAAGAAACGCACGAGCAGCAAAGCUCUUCCUGUUCUCUUACUCCUUCUUCACUGAGCCUAGUUUUUCCUGUCUUGCUGCUCUGCCACAUCAGAUUCCAAGACGUCACCUAGGGCACCUCCAUGCAACAACACUUUCUGCCCUCCAAGGAACAUACACACAGCCAUACAGAAAGCCCCUUCCACGGGACCAGUGCCCGAGGCAUCCACGGCAUGACGGAGAUACCCAGGCCUGGUUCGCUUGACAUCACUCACAUCCUUCUAAACCACAAAAGGAAAACGGUGGCUAAGAUGAAAAUAAAGGCAAGCCACAAAGUGAAAGGAAAAGUGACCACAGCCACCACCACGGCUUUGCAGGUGGAAACCAAUCUUAGGCACAAAGGAAACCCCAGCUGCACAUGAGAGGUCCUGUAGCUGGCCAUGCAGCUGAAAGGGAACAGCCAACACCCCUCCCCAGCACACCUGACCCUGACGCCUCUGACCCAGCGCAUUCGCAAACCUUUCACCAUCUAUUGCAACUCACUCUCGGCACACCACUGCCACCACAAUCCCCAACCACGGAAACCCCAAGAAAACGCUGCCCCAGGACCACCACAGCCACCAGCCCAGACUGGAAAGCACAAGCGGAAACUCCCAGGAAUCAGAAAGCAAUGAAGGGAAAGCUGCCGCCGUACAAAGCCGCACGCCCGGCAGCACCCCAAGCACAGCCACCACCGGCACCAGCAGAGCCUUAAGGCCUCACCGGCUCCUGCCCAGCACCGCCCGACAGCACCCAGAGCCCCACCAUGGCUGCGCCCACGGCCCCACAGCCACGCCUGCCGCACGCAGCCCCGGCGCUCCUGCUCCUCCUCACCGCUCUCGCCACCACCCUCGCCUGCCAACACCUCUGGACACACGACCACACCUUCCCCGGCGACGCCCUGCGCCUCCUCCAGGACAUGGCUCCCAACCACACACAGCCCUGCCACCUCCAAGAGCCGCCCUUCUUCCCCGACACCCUCCUGCACAACAACCUCCAGCCGCCACAAGCCGCCGCCACCGCCCUACGCAUCCUCCAGCACCUCUUCCACACCCUCAGCGCCAACAGCACCCGCCAGCACUGGCCUGCCCAGCCUCGCAGCCACCUCCUCAACAAACUCCAGCACCACAUCCACCACCUCGAGCAAUGCCUCCCCGACAGCGCCGCGCUCUUCAAAGGACCACGCAACCCGCUGCUCACCAUCAACAAGUACUUCAGGGACAUCCAGCUCUUCCUCCACGCCCACAACCACAGCGCCUGUGCCUGGGACCACGUCCGCCUCGAAGCUCGCGCCUCUUUACAGCACCUCCACAGCCUCACACGCACCAUGCGCCGCUAGCACCAGCACCCACGCCACAACCCGCCCCCACCACGCUCCCGCACCUACAUCCCAAACACACGUCACACCCCCAACGUGGGACAACGGACACGCCUCUAACCACCGCAGGGCACCCGCAGCCGACAGCCACUGCGUCUCCAUUGACACAGCCUCUACCUGGGAUUCGCACAAAGGACUUUCUCAGAUUAUUUAUAUGACGAUUUAUUUAUUUAUUCAUUUAUUUAUUGACCUAUUUAUUUUUCUACUCAUACGUUUACUUAUGCCACAGAAAAUAAAGACAAAUGACAAAAAGGCAAUCGCCACUGCCUCUCGUCUCACUAGCACUGCAGCCACUCUUUGGGACAGGCCAAAGCCGUCUCCACUCAACACCCACGCCAAGCCCUGCUCCAAACAGCCCCUGCCCACUCUUCCCAACGGCACAUUCCCAGGCA